AUGAAGAUUCUAGAGAUUUUUUACUUGCUCAUUUGCCCGACAGAAGGAAAUAUUCUCGAAGGAAUCAAUGAAAACAUUAUUCGCCCUGUUCAAAAGGCUAUUUUCGGCGAAAUAAGCGACUCAAACUCGACAAUCUUCAUCGAAAACGGCUCCAUCCGAAACUCCAAUCGACAAAUCGGCUCCUAUUCCAAUAGAAACAACCUCAAAAUCGACACUUAUGAAAACCUGGAAAUAGUAGUCGUGAGAGACAACAUCGGCUUCAUCGAAAUCACGAACAAUCUUCCAAAAAUCGAAGUUGACGAAGAUUAUACAGUCGAUGAAGCGUUGUUUUACAAUAUAACGGAUGUUGAUGAAGACAUAUUGUUAGAAAUUCUUCAGAAAAUCGAGCAUGUCCAAAUCAAGCGCUCCAAUCUCUCCGGGUUUUCCGAUUCCUUCAUCAACAAACUCCUGAAAUUCUCAAUUUUCAACUUGAAAAUCCGAAACUCCUGGUGGUCAUGUGACUGCACCAAGAAGCGCCUUUUGUCGCUCAGAGACGUCUUGACAGGCCUCGAUGUAAAAUGUCUCGUUCCAAACAAUCUCGAGGACGAGUCUUUUUACGAUUUGGAGGAAGAUGAUCUCAAGUGCAAAGGAACGAACACGCCGAGGCCGAUCAAUCGCGAUGUGAGCUCGAUAGAAUACGAAAGGGCGGAGUUGAGAUGCGCAGCGAGUGGCUAUCCCCUGCCGAAAAUCUACUGGAAAACUCCGGGAGGAAAAAUGAUUGAUCAAGAGUUUCUCAUAAACGCUUCGAAAAACGAAUCUUUGAAGGAAUACACAGAAGUCUUCGAAGUAAAAGAACAAGUGACGGACAGAAUCAUUCCUAAUCACAGUCAUUUGCUAUCAACACUAAUUGUCCGAGAUGUGAAUAAAAGAACAGCUGGAGAAUAUCGCUGUCAAGUUGGAAAUAUCAUCGACCUUCUCGACAAUGAGGACGAGAAUAUCAAUUCUAGCGUUCCAUUUUCCUUCAAAGAUCUAAAUAAGGCGAAGUCGACUAAAGUGCGUCUAUCGUAUUUGCCGAAUGAGAAGGCGAAUGUGGCGUUUUUCACAUUAGUUUUGACUUGCUUUAUUGCUGCCUUUGUCAUCAACUUGGUGAAUAUUUGCCGAUAUCAUUGCGACUGGAAGAAGAGAAUCAAGAACCUGCGCCAAGAUCCAAAUCGCUACGAGAUUCCCGAAUCGAUCAGGACCUCUAUGGCCUCUGUUUACUACGAGAAAUAUGAUUUCACUUGCCAACAGGCUUUUUUGGAUGCGCUCCUCAAAUCAAGUCAUUCCAUCAAGAAAACUUUUGAAAACACGACGCAGGGAUUCGAGAUAAAUGUGUCUUACAGGGAAUUCAGUGACAAGCUUCGAGAAAACUUCGGCGGUAAUAUCGAGUGGCGCCCUAGUAUUCCUUCUGUCCGGCUCCCUAAUUUGCCAAACUUUUACGGCUCGCUCUCCAGUCUCCGAGAGCGCAUCCCCAAUUUGCCGAAAGGUCUUCGUCCGUCGAUGAACUUGUCGAAUCUUCGCUGGGAAACCGGCGAUUGGAAUAUGAAAGUGCGGAUAUCUAAAUUUUCCCGAAAAUGGUUCUACGGCUCAAGCGAGAAUCCAUCGAACAUCGACGAGUUUCAAAUCCGAAAUGAGAAUGGGCGAAUGGUCAUCACGCCUAUUCCCGAAAAGAAAUCGACUGAAAACCGGCUAAACAGGGAAAACUCGCUUUCAAUCGACGAUUCCGCUUUCGAAGCAUCAUCUUCUCUCACCCAUGGGUCCUCUUCUCCUGCUGGCAUGGACGAAGUAGACGCAGAUUAUUUACUCACAUUUAUCGCCACUCCAAAAGAGAAAUCUGUAGGAGACCAUCUUUACGAAUCAAAUGUCUAA